AUGACGUGGUCGAAGCGUGGAGCUAUGUAACGUGCACUUUAAAUGUAUAGUAUCUAUCAGCGGGCAAGAUGACUCCCUUUGCGCACUGACUAACGUACAGAUGUUACCAUACACGCUGCGCCCGUUGGAGAUUCCUAUAAGUACCCGGCGUAUUUUUUAUACGUUAGCCAAAUGGUAGCUUGGACAGCCCGCAUACAGUAUAAGCGUCUCGUGCGUACGCUCCAUUAUCUGCUCUGCUCGCGGAGACCUUUGAGCACACCUUCGCCGGGACGCAACAAGUCCAAAAGGCGCCGUUCACGUGCGGAAAUUCUUUAGCUGCACAACGGCGUGCUGUCACAACAACCAAACGGCAGUGCUAGUCGAACGGACGAUUAUUGUGCCAAAAUCAGCAAAAGCCAAACUGUCCGCACUAUGUUGGCGGCGCCUUGCUAUAUGCACCACCGCGUAGGUUAUCUCGACCGGCGCCGCCACUUCGUAAACGCGGCGGUUGUCCGUUGUGGUGGGCGGGUGUCCGACGACGGGUUCGCUGCUCGGGUGCCACUGGGCGCGCGUCGGGCAGUUCGGGGCUUGGAACAGCCCGAGGUGGCCGUAAUGGUCAGGGCGCGCGCGGACGACGCUUCUGCCCUCCUUGCGAGGCAUGACGCGUUCGAAAUGACAGUUUUUACGCCACGCGAGAUUACCGCCGGAGGGCGCAUUUCCCCUAGUGGCAGUGAUAAGCGACGGCUGUCCUUCAUUUAGUCGCUGCGUUGCGUAAUGGCGGAGCUCUCGGCCGCCUUGAUGAAGUCGUUAAAGAGCCUCCUUCCCUCCUACUUUCCUUCCCGAAACGGAUUGCGGCACAAGGGCGGAAUGUGGCUCGGAAUGGGCUCUGUGUCCACCAUUCCAAGCUUCAGGGACUGGAGGCGCGCAUUUAGUUCGUACGCAUGUUCCCAGCGCUCCUUCUUCAUGCGGCGAAGCGACAACGACCGACUCGCCGUUUGCCGUAUUCUUCGUUGUCGGAAGCAACGGUGCGCUACCCCCUGCUGCUGUUCAACUUGGCGCUGUGGUCGGUCGGCGUGCUGCUCAUGUCCGUGGCCACCGUGCUGCUGGUGAACUCGGAGAUGAACGCCGCCGACGCGGCCGCGCUCGCAAAGCUCGACCUGUCGCCCCUCGUCGUGACGCACGUCGAGCUCGCCGUGUUCGUGGUCGGCCUGGCGCUCUUCAUCGUCACCACUUUCGGCUGCGUCGGGGCGCUGCGCGAGAACACCGCCCUGCUCAGGAUGUACUCGUUCGUGCUCGUCGUGCUGGUGAUCGCCAGCGUGUUCGGUGGCAUCGUCGUCUUCUUCAUGCCCGGGGAAGUGCGCAAGGUGAUCAAGCAGACCAUGUCGCUGUCCCUGGUGACCGCGUACCGCGACAGCGCCGACUCCGAGCAGAUCGUGGACGCCCUGCAGAGGCAACUUCACUGUUGUGGAAUGACCGACCUCAAGUUCAGGGACUGGAAUGCCAAUAUCUACUUCAACUGCAGUGCGGACAACCCCAGCCAUGAGCGCUGUGCGGUGCCGUACUCAUGCUGCAGGCGUCGCACAAGUAGCGCGCCUGGACUGCUGAGCCGGCACUGCGGCCACGGGGUGCUCAACCAGACCGACCAACAUGCUUGGCACCGCGUCUACCUCGAGAGCUGCCCCGAUGCCGCGUACCGAUACAUCAAGGAAAACGUGACCGUGAUCGGCGGAUGCUGCCUCAUCGCUGCCAUCGUUCUCUCCUUCGUCGACAUGAUGACCGGUUCAGUGAUUGGCGAAAUCGAGGCCAUCCGUAAAAUCUACGGCCGCAUCCGCAGCACCUCCCUGCAGCAGGCCUAACCGCUUGUCUUCGACCCUGUUAAGAAUCUGUUAAGAAUAAUAGCCAGCGAUCGCCUUUAUUUCAAAGUGUUACUGUAUGAUAUUAUACAUAGAUCAGCUUUAGGCCUAUUUCAUAUGUCGUCUACGUCUGUCACAGGAUCAAACGCCCUUUGACUCGCAUGCGGCGACGGUUGUCUUUGCACAUACGACGGUUAGUGACAGGUUACAUCCAGGGUACGCGAGACACAGUAACUGAUGUUUUGCAGCAGAACCGAACAGUCUCAUGUGUAAAAGCAGAAGGCGGCGCUGCAUGAUAUACGUAGCGCGCCCGGCGGGUUUGUUUCCGCUGCUGAUGUCAUAACGCUUUGCUUCGAACUAGGCGAUGCACCAACCCGAUUUCUAUCCGUAUCGCAGCUUGUAUUAAGGAACCCACUAACCGAUGUGACGAUAAACCACGGGGCGCUAUAUCAACACGUCAAGCAUUACUUAUUUUAGCGUCCGCUUUCUAUGUCGGCGAGGAACUUAUUCUUAGACUGCCGUGUUUUAUUCUCUCGAAGCUAGCUAGCUUUGUCUCUUCCUUCGACGUUUCCACUGCUGCUGCUGUCUGACGCGCCGCAUCGUGGAGUGGUUCACAGCGUGUGGCAGAGGGGAAAGUAGACGUGAGAAACACGUUUGAACCUCUCCGUCGCCUCGCUACAGUGCCCUGUGAAGCUCUCUGGACGUCGCCACAACACCCUGUCGAAUGACUGGUGUAAUUAUCCCUGAGCACUCCGCAAAAGCAUUUUAGAAACUGCAGCGCUUACCUUUGUACUAACGCGCUACAGUUCAAAGCGAAGGUAGAAAUAAUGGUAGUGAGGAGGUAAAGAUAUGGAGGUGGGCGUAACCGAAGCAGUAACAGCCUUGCCGCUCUUCGCUCGUGGCAGAUCACAUACAAAGGGGCAGCGUGGGAGAGGGAAAAGGCAAUCAAAUAAAGCAAGGAACGGUGCACUAGACAACAGCAGCAGUUGCGGACAUGGAAAAAUUUAAAUUCCAGAUAUGGUACAGCACGCGUCAAAAUGAAUCCUGCAGAGUCCCCACUGCCGCAUGUCUCAUCAGAUUUUGGACUUGGCACCUAAAUCUACACCAUUUAAUUAAUUUUUAACACUUCUGCCACGAUUCGUUGCGCCGUGUGGAGCAAACACACUGCUAACCUUCUCGCAGAUUAUGAACAGUGACGCAUAGCAACACCUUUAGCGAACCCGUUUUGCUGUGUGUUUUGUGUAGACAAACGAAAGUGGCGCACAAGUAAUCUUCACCAACAUCAACUCACCGCUGCAGUAUUGCACUAAACGCCGAUAAAUGUAAACUUUGCAGUCAUUUAUCACCGAUCAAUCAGCGCAAACAGCACAGAAUAAAGCUUCGAUUACAUCGAUUCCGACAGUGCGUGGGAUCCGCAUAUUUUACCGCUGACAUCAACCUUGUAAGAGCUGCUCCUGCUCUGUCAUGGGCUCAAGGCGUUGUAGAUUUAGCGCCUUGAUACUUUCACUCGUGCGCCCAACCUCUGUGUCGCAGCUGUAGUAUUGAAGUGCCAGAGGAAGGAUCCAUGGCUCAAAGCAGGUUUAUGAACAGCGAGAGAGUAGUGAUGCGCUGUGCUGUAGUGCCUCAGCCGCGAUAGAUGUUUUGGCCAAGAAAGAAAGGUUUUUUUUUCUCUCGAGAAAUAACUAAGGGGCAUGUUGUUACCAUGGUCUCUAGUUGAAGCCUUUGCUUUUGCCCAUUUACUGA